GCCCGCCCUCGGGUCACGUGGUGGGCGGGCCCAGCGCGCGGUGCGGGCAGCCAUGGCCGCUGCUGGGCCGCGCGGGGAAUCGGAGCAACGCGACGCGCAGGGCCGGGCUCUGUAUUUCUGCGGCAGCAUCCGCGGAGGCCGCCAGGACCAGGCACUGUAUGCGCGCAUCGUGUCACGGCUGCGGCGCUUCGGGACGGUGCUCACCGAGCAUGUGGCGGCGGCCGGGCUGGCCGAGAACGGGGAGGAGCUGCCUGGGGCUGACAAGUUCAUCCAUGAUCGGGACUUGGCCUGGCUGCAGCAGGCAGACAGUCCCGGUACUACAUCUCAGCUUCCUUUCUCCCCAGCGGUGGUGGCCGAAGUGACACAGCCUUCCCUGGGGGUUGGCUAUGAGCUGGGCCGGGCGGUGGCCCUCAACAAGCCAGUGCUGUGCCUCUUCCGCCCACUGUCUGGCCGAGUGCUUUCUGCCAUGAUCCGGGGAGCCGCGGAUGGCUCCCGGUUCCAGGUGUGGGACUAUGAGGAGGGGCAGCUGGAGGCGCUGCUGGACCGAUACUUCGAGGCUGCUGACUCCAAGCAGGGGGGCUGCAGCUAGUGAUCAGGAGCCUGAAAAACUGCUGCCUCAAAUCCUUCGCACCCCUGCCUCUCAGCCUCAGAAGUGAAUUAAAUGGUUCAUUUAAAA